CCCGUCCCAACCAGUUGGCUAGGGAUAUCCCAUGGGAUUUCCCUUCCACGCAGCCAGCCUGGACAGUAGAUACUAUGUCACUACAGUAUAGUUAGCAUAUAUAAGUAGUCAUGAACGCACGAUGAAUGGAGCUUCGACAUGCAACGGCUUGUGUCUUGAUAACAGGAAAAUUUCUAAGCAUGUCCUGGAUCUGGAUGCGAGCCCAAUGUGCCUCUGCUUUCAUGGCUGGCCUGUUUUCCAACAUGAGCUCGUGUAUCCCGGUCUUUUACACCGUCACAUCCGCCCCAAGAUGUCAAGACCGAGUUAUGUACAGGUGGUGGGUGGCUGCCGGCUUUUGCAUGUCAUGUAUUGAAUACAUAUCUAUCACAGAAGGUGGGGGUUUUUAUGCAGGGUGAAUAUAUAUAUCCCCGAAGCCGUAGCUCUUGAUCUCUACCUCCGGCCUGACCAGAACAAAAUACUCAAGGCUGUUCUAAAUUGAGUAGGUUUACUUAAGUC